GUCUCACUCCGUCAUGUUUACCGCCGCCGUGUAACACUAGUGUACUGUGUGUGCCGUGUAUCUACCUAUACAUUGUGGUUAACGCUCAUUUAUUUCAACAUGGAGUCUGUGGAGGCCAGCAGCGAGGAGAAGACGGGCUCGCUGUCGGCGGCGCAGAGGAGAGCAGAGAUCCGGAGGAGAAAGCUGCUGAUGAACUCAGAGGACAGGAUGCACAGGAUCGUGGGCUUCACCAAAAGCGAGGCUGAAAACAACGCAGGAGCGUCCCGGCGUCCGACAGAACCCCGCUUCCACCUUGAUCUCGACAGGUCAGAGCCGUGGUCGUCAUCCUCAUCUUCCCCGAGACCAUCUCCCUUCCUGUCGGAGGCUUCAGGGUUUGGCAGCCGCUCUCGCAGUGCCACCCCAGAGAGGAGGGGCUCACCACUGCCAGACUGCAGCGAGCCGCUGGGCCUUACUCUGGAAGAUGACAUCGGAGGGGUCCGACAAAGACCGAGGGGGGAGCGGGUGUCAGAUGACCUCAGCGGCUCCCCGCGCCGAGGCAUCCAGAAGUACCUGUCCCGUUUUGACGACGCCAUGAAACUGCGAGGUCAGCUGGCCAAUGAGAAGCCAGCCCAGGAUGGAGAGUCUGACUCAGAGGAGUUUGAUGCGUUCAGAGUGUUCAGGCUCAUCGGCAGCAUCCUCCUCGCUAUCUUCGUCAGGGUUUUUGUCUGCAAGUAUCUGUCAAUAUUUGCUCCAUUUCUGACUCUUGAACUGGCCUAUAUGGGGUUGUCCAAAUACUUUCCAAAGGUAGAGAAGAAGACCAAGACCACUGUGCUCACUGCCGCCCUGUUGCUCUCCGGCAUCCCUGCUGAGGUCAUAAACCGCUCCAUGGAAACCUACAGGAGGAUGGGCGACGUGUUCGCCGACCUCUGCAUUUACUUCUUCACCUUCAUAAUCUCUCAUGAGAUCCUGCAGCUCAUUGGUUCAGAGACUCCCUGAUAGACCAGCAGGACCUAAGCAACCCCAUACUUAUCCUUGUUGUCCCCUCCCUCUGCGUCCCAACACAACAAGGCAUGUUCAUCAACGUCAGCUGGCGUGGGUUUGUUUAUGAUGGUCUGGAAAUGAGUCCUUGCUGCCUUCAUGAUCUGGUUCACGCGUUAGCAGGACUUGUGCUCAUUAUUUCAGUGCUUCAGGAUUCUACGAAAGCUUCAUGUGACCAGAGAGUCCAGUGUUGGUUACGGAUCUCCAUGUUACUUUUACUCUGGGCAGAAGCAGAGAAACGGUAUUUGUUGUGUGUGAAGAAUGUACAUUGGCAUUUUUCGUGCUGAGAGAUAUGUUUUCUUUUGUCAGGUCUAGCACAGAUUUGACGUUAUAGUGAGCAGACACAGAUUCAGUCUGAUUUAUAAUCUGGAAACACUGGAACUCCUCUAGGGCUUGGCACUGUUUCUGAACUUUCAGUUUCAUGUUAUUGAUAAAAGAAAUACCAGUAUUGAUGCAUAUUACGAUAUGGCAAAUGAGAUGUUGCUUGUGCACAUCUCCAUUCUGAUAUUAACUAUUGCAGAACUCUAAAAGAUAAAAGUUGUGUUUUACAGCAUCCAAGUCCAAAACUUAACUCUAUGGCAAUUGUGGGAUAAUGGUAAAUGUGAAAACAGUGCAACAGGGAGAGAAGAGUCAUAAAGUCAGCAAACUUACUCACUAAAACCUGCUGUAUAGAAAAUAUCUAUCUAAAGUUUGCUAGCAUUAGCUGCCAUAAGCUAGUGGUCACUCCAGACCAAGUAUGACUACAGCUAUAAAACUGCUGAGUGUAUUAAACUGACCAACUUUUUAUUUGUAGGAGGAAGAAUGUCUUGCUUUAAACAACAGACUUUUCUAAAAAAAAACAGAUGUCACACACUGUUCAUAUUGUGUGUUAAGAUUUCACCACAACCUCACAACUAUUAUCUCUCAGCCUCGAGCGUUUCUUUAUAUUAACGGUCUCCAAAUAGAGCGCAUAAGCUGGGCAGGGUGUCAUAUUCUCAGCUAGUGUGUCUCUUUUGCGGGGGUUCUGCUGUGAAACCAAAUCUGACGGUAAAAUUAAAAACUGCUGAAGAAA